AUGCCAGCGAUCUUUUAUUUGCCGUCAGUGUGGAGGCGUCGAUCACCACUUCCUUAUUUGCAUACCACCGCAGGCAAAAAUCGACUAUCCAACUCCUCAAGCGGUCUCAUAUGCACCACGUCUAGCUCUGCAAUCUUCUGUUCAAUCGCCAACACCACCGGCAAGAUCAGUGCAACAGACAGUUUCCAAGAUGCCUCAACGCCAAACACCUCCGCGCCGAAAUGAUCGACCAAUGCCAAAAGUAACUGGUGGAAAUGCGACAGCACUCAACAAUCAACGUGCUACGACGACAAUGAGUUCACUCCAAGAAGCAACAGACUCUGUUAAAGAAGUUAAAGAAGAGACUACACCACCAGUCAAUGAAAUUCAGAAGGUAGCAAAUGAACCUGAAGAAGUCAAAGAAGAAGCAAAAGAAGCACCUGACUCGUCAACUUACUUGACAGCACGACAAAAUGACAACAAAACUCAUUUAAUGACAAUCAUCAUCAACGUCUCGUGCCCGGGAGGUCCAAGAGAAGGAAUUCCAGCAAUGGUCUUCUUCGACUCAGGAAGCCAAACAAGCUACAUCGCCAAAGAACUCGUCAAUCGCCUUCAGCCGCCAAAACUUUCUGAAGAAGUACUUCGCAUACACACCUUUGCGAAUCAAAAUCCGAAGACCGUCCAUUCACCACU